CGGCUGCCCUCGCGCUGGCCUGGGGGCAGACACGGCAUAUAUAGCGAUAUCGAGCACGGCAUGAGGCGCCAGUCCGGCAUGGUGGAAGCCCAGGAUGCUGGCCAAAAACACCGAAUAACGCCCUGCCGUCUUGGUCAGGAUCGCCUCCAGGGACAAGCUUGCAGCAUCAUGCGCUACACCUAGAGGCUGCAUAUCCCCCGCCGCUCCCGCCAGACGUCGCCCUGCAUUGAAUCCAGUCUCCCUCAAUAAAUCUCCGACGCUCUCACGCAUUCACGCAUCCACGGCGUGAUAGUCGAGUGUGAACCGUGCGGCUAUGGCGACUCUGCCCCCCAAUGCACAUGUCUCGACACACCCGUGCCUGCAGGCCAAGCUCUCCCAGCUGCGCUCUGCCUCGACAAGCUCCAAAGAUGUCCAGACGCUGGUGCAUGAAAUCGCCCUGAUGGUUGGCUACGAGGCACUCGCCUCGGGCCUCGCGAGCAUCGACGACGGAACAGACAAAUCACCGCUCGGCUACACAUACACCAAGACCACCGUCUCGCCAUCCUCGUCCAGCAUCUCGCUCGUCCCCAUCCUGCGCUCCGGCCUCAGCAUGGUGCCCGCGCUUUUGUCGCUGCUUCCUGCUCCGGUCCCGGUCCAUCACCUCGGCUUGUAUCGCGAGAAGGCGACGCUCCAGCCCGUCGAGUACUACAACAACCUGCCGUACCACGGCCCCACGGCUACAAAUCCCCAUGCUGGAGGCCCCGCGGAGCUAGCCAUCAUCGUGGACCCCAUCAUUGCGACGGGCGCUACCGCAUGUGCCGCUAUCGACACACUCAAAGACUGGGGCGUCAAGAAGAUAAUCGUGUGUGCCGUGCUUGCGGCCGAAGGAGGCCUCGAGAGGGCGUGUGGUGAGUGGCCGGAAGGGGUGCAAGUCUGGGUUGGCGGGUGUGACAAGGAGGUGGAUGAGAAGGGAAUGAUCAGGCCUGGUCUCGGAGAUGUUGGAGAUAGGCUGUUCUUGACUCUAGGGAAAUGAAGAGAAGACGGGGACGAUGCCCGGAGAAUAUUCUGAGCCUGAAUCUACCGAUAGAUACCAGUGGUCAAGCACAUUACUGUAUGCUACCUACUUUCAGCAAGACGCCCAACAGAUAGACUUUACUAUCAUCC